AUGAGUGAACAGUAUCGAAAAAGUAAUUAUUGUCGAGCUGAAGCACAAUAUGCAUUUCAAUGUGAACGGAAAAUAGUUCCGAUUCUUCUACAGAAACAAUAUAAACCUGAUGGAUGGCUCUUGUUUAUUAUUGGUCAAUUACUCUAUGUCGAUUUUAAUAAAUAUGAAUUUGCACGUGCAAUGGAAAUGUUAUUUAAAGAACUGAAAGCUACGGAAAUCGUUAAUGUCAAUACAGCCAAUGUUCAACUCAAGCAAGACACACUGGUUAUACCGCUUGCUGUCGAGAUGUCUUCGUCUAACCUAGUCCUCUCACCAAUACUUCCGGAAAAGAUUUCCGAUUGGACACAAGCACAAACACAACAGUGGCUCAUUCAGCAUAAUCUUGUUCAAAUGUCUCGCCUUCUAAUUGAUUGUAACGGUUUAGGUUUGCUGUAUCUCAAUGAUUUUAUAAGAAAUGGCGACGGAAAAGUAAUCACGAGUCUUCUUCAAGAAGAUUCACUUCGGAAAACAGGACACUGUUUGUCAUUGAUAGAGCUGUCAUGUUUUCGGUCUCUUAUGAAUGAACAGAAAGGUUGUCUGCAAUCGGAUCUUAAUGCACAAGUAACUAAAAUAAAUAGUAGCGACAAAGGAAUAGAAUCGGCUCAAACAAGCAAUAUCGAUUCAAAACGAUCGCAACCACGUCAAGGCCUUGGCAUUACUCUUGUUGAUCCCUACUAUGCAUUCAAUCCCGAUUAUAUGGGAGGCAAUAUGCCCAAUGUUCCACUCUAUCAAGACAAUUUCGCUCCAAACCGGCCGAGUUCAUGUCGAUGUUCGUGUGGUUACAUGUCAUUUGCACCACCAAUAACAUGUAUGGGUGCUCAAUCAUGUGUAUCUUAUUGUUUACAAAUGUAUCCAGGACAUUGUACACUUAUAAAUACGUACGGUUGUUGUGGUUCAUCGUGUCGGUAUUUUCAAAGUGAAUCUCUUGAUAAUCGUUAUUGUUUAUGUAAUUGUGCUGGUCAGCAAUAUUUGAAUCCAGUUGAUCAAUGCACAUCAUCGCAAGCAUGUCUAACAAAAUGUUUAGCACAUUUCCCUCAAAUCUGUAUACCAAUAGCAACACAAGCCUGUUGUGGACAAGAUUGUAAAUCCUAUUCACAAACAGUUGCUAACUUGUGUGCUUGCCGUUGUCAAGGAAAUACUUAUUAUCCAUCGCCGAAAUGUAUGAAUCCUGAAGAAUGCGUUAGUACCUGUAUGACGACUUAUGGCGAUUGUACUUAUAGUGAAACUGAAGGUUGUUGUGGUGCGGCAUGUACAGCAUAUAUUCCAACAUGUUCAUGUAGUUGUGGUCCAGAAUUUAGAACGAUGACUUCGGUUCCAUGUCGAAGUAGUCGAUCAUGUGUAGAAACAUGUAUGAGUUCUUACGGUGCAUGUAAACAAGAUAAUACACAAGCAUGUUGCGGUAAUGAUUGUAUCAAUGGAUUCCCAUCAUGUACUUGUAUGUGCGGUGCAAAUACCAUUAUGACAUUACCCAUGUCCUGCGGUUCUGCUGAACAAUGUGUUCGAACAUGUUUACAAUCAGUUCCACAAUGUAAUGUAGCGAAUGUUCGUGGUUGUUGUGGAACUGACUGCGCACCUUUUUUCCCGACAUGUCAAUGUCAAUGUGGCUCAGGAGUUUAUUAUGCAUCAAUAACGUGUGCUAGCGCUGAACAAUGUACAAAUGCAUGCAUAAGUCAAUAUGGUUAUCUUUGUUCACCGACAAAUACAAUCGGAUGUUGUAAUGGAACUUUUUGUACAAAACGAAAUCGUUUUUUAGGUGUUAGUCAUGCUCAUACAUUUCAAGUAUCAUAUUCUGCCAUUUUAUUCUCAUUGAAUUUUUUUAUCUUUUUUAUCUAA